GCCACUUUGGAAAGAUGCCUCUUUGCCAGAUCUCCCUGCAGAUCGGACUCGGUGACACCUGGUUUCACAACUGUGGGGGGACUCUGAUUACCCCUGACUGGGUCCUGACUGCUGGGCACUGCAUCAUGACCAGCUUCAACACCAGGGUGGUACUCGGGGAGUAUAACUUGAGUGUGGAGGAAGGACCCGAACAGUACAUCCCUGUGAACCCCGAGGACAUGCAUGUGCACCCCGACUGGGAGCUCUCCUCUCUGUAUGCUGGGAACGACAUCGCCCUGAUCAAGCUCUCCCGCAGCGCUGUGCUCAGCGAUAAAGUGAAGCUGGGAUGCGUCCCCUGCGAAGGGUCCCUGCUCCCCAAUGAUUAUCCCUGCUACGUCACUGGUUGGGGCAGCACCAUCACCGGUGGGUCUUCCCCCGACAUAUUACAGCAGGCUCUGCUCCCCGUGGUAGACCACGAGCACUGCUCGCAGCCCGACUGGUGGGGAGAGAAGGUCCUGGAUAACGUGGUUUGCGCCGGCGGGGACAUCCGGUCCGCCUGCCAUGGUGACUCUGGGGGCCCCCUCAGCUGCAAGCACGACGACGGGAAAUGGUACAUCCACGGGAUUGUCAGCUGGGGGAAUGGUGCGCAAUGUAACACCCUGAAGAAACCCACCGUCUUCACCCGUACCUCUGCAUUCAUCUCCUGGAUUAAAGAGAUCAUCAACAACCAUUAGGGUCCGGAAUCCGCGUGGCACCCUUCACUGGACUCCACGGGUUAAAACCAAUAAAACAUUUCCU